CAGUGUUUUGGUGGUGGCAGAAAUUGGUGUUGAACAGAGUCACGAAAGUUUCAAAUCAAGAAUCGUGACGAGGUCCUCGUGACGGGGAUCCCCCAUAUCCCGAGGUCGCCCUGUGACGUCACACGCGGGGGAGAGAGAGGCGGGGCCACGGAGCGGGCGGAGCCCAGAAGUGGGGCGGGGCUCGGAGGUUAACCCCCCCCCCCCCGACAGCUCCCGAUCCUAUUGGCCAACGCUCACAUCGCGUGCAGCCGGCGGACCAAUCGCGCGCGCGUUUAAAAGAGAGCGAGCGCGCGCGCGGCAAUGUCCGGAAGCGCUCGCGCGCCCCUCGAACCGAUUCAGAUCCCCAAGGCCAAUGGGCUCAAGUCCUCCAUGCUGGGGCCAAGGGAUCUGGGACCACUGGAGGGGUCGGAAACCAUUCAUGCUGGACUUGAAGCGCAAAUGGAAAAUUCUGCUGAUAUGACGGACUCAAAGAAGCGCCGCAAAAAGAAAAGGCGGUCGCAUUUCAAGGAGGCGCGUAAAGACAGCUUUUCAGAUGUGUACCAUGUGACUGGAGAGGUCCUGGGUCAAGGGUCAUAUGCGCGUGUGGAGUGCUGCGUGUCCCUUCUCAAUGGCAAGGAGUUUGCCGCCAAGAUCAUCCAGAAGUGUCAAGGACAGAGGCGGGAUCGAGUUUUCCGCGAGGUGGAAAUGCUCUACCAGUGCCAAGGCCAUAGGAACAUCUUAGAGCUGGUUGAGUUCUUUGAGGAUGAGAAAGCAUUCUACUUGGUGUUUGAGAAGAUGCAUGGAGGUUCAAUACUGACUCACAUCCAGAUGCGGAAGCAUUUCAACGAGAAGGAAGCCAGCCGGGUUGUGCAAGAUAUUGCGACCGCCCUUCACUUCCUGCACAACAAAGGAAUCGCUCACCGAGAUCUCAAGCCUGAAAACAUCCUGUGCGAGUUUGCCGACCAGGUGACCCCAGUGCGGAUUUGUGACUUUGAUCUUGGCAGCGGAGUGCCGGUCGGCAGCACGCCCAUCUCCACACCAGAGCUGGCCACACCGUGCGGCUCCGCCGAGUACAUGGCCCCCGAGGUGGUCGAAGCCUUUAACGAGGAGGAGGCUUCCUUCUACGACAAACGCUGCGACCUCUGGAGCCUGGGCGUCAUCACGUACAUCCUGCUCAGCGGUUACCCUCCCUUCGUGGGCAACUGCGGUGGGAAGUGUGGCUGGGACAGCGGGCAGCCCUGCUCGCCUUGCCAGAAAAUGCUAUUUGCACGGAUCCAGGAGGGUCACUACGAGUUCCCGGAGAAGGACUGGGCGGGCGUGUCAGUCCAUGCCAAGGACUUGAUCUCCAAGCUGCUGGUGCGCAACGCCAAACAGAGGCUGAGUGCAGCGCAGGUGCUGGAUCAUCCCUGGCUGAGAGGGAAUGCCCUCGAGAACACGUUGUUAACGCCGCAGCUGCUACAACGGAAGAGCAGCGUCACCGGCCUCACGCAGUUUGCAGCGGAGGCCGUGGCGUUCAAGCGGCAGAUCUCGCAGAAGGACGAGCACGGGCACGGGGAGGAAGGGGCGGCGCUGGUGGACAUCGCGGAGUUCGCCGCGGCCGCGGAGUUCGCCCCGGCCACGGAGGAUUGCCGGCCCCUCGCCAGUCAGCUGCACUCCAUGCGCCUCUCGCCACCGGCCCGCUCGCGGUUGGCGCGACGCAGAGCCAACGGCGGCCGUUCUCCGGUCAAGCAGGUGGAGGGGGGGCAGCCGCGGGCCGCCCUGGCCGGCGACGCGGACCGCACGGCCGCGGCGGUGUAAGUUUGUUUUUGGGAUCGGGGCCACGUGCGCCGUUUGUCCCGUGGCGAGGCCGGUCAAAGCGAUCCGGGCAAGAGCAACGAUGAGACCGUUACGUGUGCCGUGUGUACGUUGAACUUCUUUCGCACCGUACGUAGCCAACCGUGCGAAUCGGAGGUGCGGGGGAAGGACAACAAACUAAACACUGACCUCUCGGUUUUGCAUAGAGCCACACAUACAAAGACUCCUAAAAAUAGACCCCCCCCCCCUCAUAUAACCUAUAUAUAUACACACAGGGGCACAGGAAGACAUACACAUGAAUUGCACACAUGGACAUGACAUUACAAAGACACACCAUGAUAAACGUCUCAGUUCGAAACACACGAAUAGAAAGAUACAAACGAUAUCCACACACUUGACAUACAUGAGAUACACGAAGUCCUCUACCCCCCGUAUAGGCUUAGCAGACUUUGGAGGCAAGUGCUGUUAGCGAGCACCUAUAAAGGCCAGCACGGCACACGAAGGAGUGGGUGGUCAGCACCACGCCCGACCGCCUUUUUCUCCCCAGUGGCGAUGUUUACACACCUCACCAGGUACUCAUUUGAGGCCGAGUCGAACUAGCAAACGCUCAAUACUGGUUCAGAUAAUCAUCACGGGUGGUCAGGUGUGAGCGGGAAUCGAACGCGGGUUUCGUAGGGCAGCGCGCUAACCACUGCACUACCGCGACCCGUGACAUACACACAUUACGGGAUUAUCACAGUGGGUUAAGUUGCUGCUCGUUAACGUUUCUGAAAGGAUAGCAUAGCUUAGGGAGUGGGUGGCGUGUCCAUAACCAAGCACGACCGCCUUUGUUUUCCCAGUGCUGAUGUUUACACAAUCCACCUGGUACACAUAUAAUGCUGAGUCAUCCUAAGGGAGGCCGUUUUACAUAUCACUCGCUAUGAAUGUUACUCAUGGCUAGGAAUCGGGCCCAGUAUUCAGGUUCAAAGUGCAGUUGACUAACCACUCGGCCUCAAUUCCCCACAAGCGCACACAACAACACCCGCAUGGACGUAACAUAACCUCAACACUCUGAUAAGCCAAACUUGUUUACACGACGGAAAGAUCGCCCUAUCGCCAUACAGACUGUUGGGACUCGUGCUCAUAGCGUACAACUAUUAAGGCCAGUGUAGAUGUUUACGCACAAUUGUAUGUCUCAUUAGAGGCCGAUUCGAGCUGGGAAGUUCAGAUGACUGGCACUCAUUGAAGACAUGGUUGGUCAUUAAACUCAGGUCUGGCGCGUUCUUAGUGCAGUACGCUCAACACUACGCCGCUAUUUCCUGUUUACAUUCACACACACACACAACAACAGCUAAUAUUCCUCACUAAGUCAUGGUGAUAUCACGACAGGGCUUAUGCCAGGCUAGGUGCACUUUGAGGCCACGUGAAGUACUCUGGUUCUUUCGGUAAAGUCACGUAGUUAGAAAUAAAAUAAAACAAAUCACGACGUUUCGAUCGCAACACAAGCGGUCGUCAUCAGACAGUCACGAAAGCUUCAAAUCAAGAUUGAGCCACGUGAAGUGUCAAAGGCAUGGUGGCAGGUUGUGGAACAGGCACAGGUUACCGGUUCACUUGGAGAUGACCGGCAGAUGCACCGCCUCUCCCCUCCCCAAUGUGCCACCUUGCUUUGUUUUAGCCACCCAGUGCUCUUCUCGUUGUGAGCUUCACUCCUUCUUCACCUUCCAUCGCUGGAGGGGAGGCAUCAAUUCGUGAUAUUUCUCCGCAGAGGCCGAUCGUCAACGACACGCCUAUACCGGAGUGUCGUUUCACAAGCGUAGAGAAGAGGUGGCUUUGAUUGUGGCGGAGAGACCUUAAUUUUUGUGUGGAGCAACAGGCGCCAGGUAGCUUCCGUGUAGCGUGACACAGCCGAUGAAAAGAGAACUCUUCUUUCUGUAAUUAUUGGGAGUGAGACCACUGCUGCCAAACUGCAAGUGGCCAUUUGCACAACGCCACUCGUGGUCCAGCGAUGUCGCCCUCUCACCGACACUUGAUGUGGAUGGAUUGUAAACUACUCGUGCGGGUGCUUUGUUGGGACUGAUUGUAAUCCCCCCACAUUUGUGUGGCAAGCUCCAGCUCUCAGAGCAGCAGCAGCAGCAGCAGCCUCCAAUUCCUUCGAGGAGGCAGCCGUGAGCAGGUCAUCGGCAUACGUAGCGCGAUUGAUCAGUGUAUGGGUACUGCACACUCGAGACUCGCAUGACUUGCACACCUAUACACUUGACACCACUGAGACAUUGUUAAACCUCUUGAUUCUAUACACGCACAUGCAACGACAUACAGCAUUGGAUACACACACAUGAAUUUCACAUGCAUGUACUUGUAAUAUACAUAAACAAGAAAAAUAUUUCUCUGUAUAGCCUCCAUAGAUUGUUAGGAGGACAAUGCUCUGAGUGAGUGCCUAUGUAGGCCAGUAGGACUCAUGUGGUGGUGUGGCCAGUCCCCGGCCGCCUUUGUCUCCCCAGUCUUUGUGUACACACCUCGCGAGGUAUUCAUUUAAGGCUGGGUUGAUCCUCGUUGGGUCUUUCGGUAAAGUCACUUAGAAUGGUUCAAAGAAAAUAUCAAAUAACAGAAGAGACCCAGUACCGCUUCAGAUGUCACAACAACCGCUGUUUGCCACUAAGUGGUGUGGACGUGCUGUGUGUGUGUGUGUGUUGAGGUCACUUGGAUAUCACAAGCAUGCACGGUUAUGUGUACAUCCAAAGGAAUGAACAGGGAAUUGUGGGAAAUAUAUAUUUAAAAUAAUUACGGAUGACAUUUUAAUGGGUGCUAACUGGAAUAAACGUUGUGUUUUUAGCUGCAGGAACACUCAAUGGGGCUGCUGUAUAAAGCGUAUCAUAGCCUACGUGAGACAUGUUUAAAUACAGGUAAAUAAGUGCAAUAUUGCAUGGUUUGGUUUCUGAAUAUGUAAAAAUUAUAUUUACUAUUUAGCCAGGAUUUAGCCGCCAAGCCGAACAAAUGUAGGUACACACUAAAUGUUGUCUUACUGUAAUCGUAUUGGCGUUAAAUCCGACCGACUUUCCAAUUGAAAUACAGACAUUUAGUGUAGCCUGAUGUAAUAAAAUCCCUUUUAAGUAUCAGCACAGCCUGAUGCUUUGAUCUUGCGAUGCUGUAAUGAGGUUACGGUGAUUAUCGGUAGGCGGUGGAAACGGGAAGAUUACAAUGAGGAAGAAUAAGAAACAUGGUUAUCUAGGUCAUGUUAUCACUCAACAGUUUAUCACCUUGCUGCUGUGAAGAUGAGCAUAUCAUAAAAAAAAUUACUCAAUGUACCCCAUCGUGUUUCAUCUCAGAAGCGAAGUUGGAUUUCGUCUGGUUGUUACCCGAAUGAGUAACUACAAAGGUUUGCCAGGUGCUGUCGGGUUGAGGCUACGAGAGGGUUUGGAGAUGGCAGUGUUGUCAGCCCCGUGCAUGCAUAGCGGGUUUCUGCCACAUACAAUACACUCGGUAAUGAAUUGGCAAAGCUUUCUAAUACAGGAUCCUUCUGAAAAAAAGACUUAAAGACUCAGCGAGGCCGUUCUGACAAAAUAAUUGGCAUUUUUAUUAUUCAAUGUCAUGCAUUCUUAAGGUGCUGAUACUCGUAUAACUUCAGGUGAUUCAAAAUAUUUGCACUUUUUUUUCCUUCGUGAAUGGUUUUCAAUACAAAAAUGUUCUAUCAUUAAAAUGCUGUAAUGGUUUGCACAAUCGCGUUUAAUUAGUUUGUCUGCAUAGCAUGGCUUUUAUUACAUACCAAUAGGCCUGUUAACAUUCCAGUGAGCUGCAUGUCUUAUGGAUUAUUUAAAUGAAUAUUAACGGCACGAAAGACGAACAAAUUGUGGUUGUAAUGCUGUGAGGGUCCUUCACAAAUAGAGAGCUUCAGUCACAUUGGGAGUUGAAAAGUCUGAAUUCAUCCGCGCCGUGUUUACAGCCUCGCUCGUUGGCAUGUCCUCCAUCCUGUGUGUGUGUGUUCGCAUCUUCGAAGCUCAUUAAAGAAGAUAUUGGAG